AUGCCCCAAGAGCAGAAGCAAAAAAAGAAACGAGUUCCUAUCACCGCCCUUACCAAGCAACAAAUAUGCAUAAAAAAAAGGGAAAACUUGAAACUCAGGGACGAGGACCUUGCAAAGGAGUAUGGACUUGACCGUAGCACAAUCACUAAAAUCCUUAAACAAAAAGAGAAGUGGUUAGCUAUUGACCCAAACUCCAAUUAUGCCAAACAAAAGACCCAAAAGUCGCCAAAGUUUCCUCAAAUUGAAGAUGCUUUGGCUCAAUGGGUGAACUUAGCUUUAACAAAUGGAAGUGCAGUAAGCGAUUCCCAACUUCAGGAGAAGGCUCUAGAACUGGCGCAGCAACACGGACUUCGAAAUGAGUUUCAAGCAUCUAACGGGUGGAUCUCGAAAUUCAAAAAUCGUCACCACGUUCGUAGUGGCGAUAAUCUAGGUGUACCCGAAAUUUCUAUGCAACAAGUAACUUCACACUCAACUCCUAUGACAGGGACAUCAAUUUUAUCGCCUACUGACCAUAAUAAUUUCAGUAAUCCAGUGAGUCUUCCUCCCACAUCCAAUUACACACCAUCAUCAUCUAUAUCUUCUACUCCAAACAGACCGAAUGGGACAAAUGUACUCACGAUGGGAAACGCUUCUAACUCUCAUUAUCUUCAAUAUGGGGCCUCUACGUCAACGUCAAUUGGGCCUUACACUCCUUCCGGGUUGUAUCCCCAGAUACCUAACAUAACAGCAACUCCUAUAAUUUUAGAUAACGCAGGGAUUCAAACAAGUAAUACCUUGAACCAAUUUUUAACAAGUUCAAGGAAUCUAUUUAAUGCAGUCCAUCAAGCUAAGCAAAAGAAAAAUGUUAAUUGUUUCUCUGUCGGACUUUCGUUCCGACCUGGUUAUCCUGAACUUUCACCUCAUCUAAACAGUCGUUAUUUAGAACAAUUUAAAACUACAGGACGACUUAUCGAAGGAACCAAGGGGGCAGAGUUUAUUGAUGGAAUGGUUCCAAGAGAGAAUGACAUAGUGAUUCAAAGGCGUCGUGCAGAUGCUUUUUAUAAUACAGAUCUCCAGAUGAUCCUUGAAUCACGUAGUAUUCGCCAUGUUGUUUUGGCUGGUAUUGCAACAGGGGAUGUACUUCUUUCGACCAUCUUAACAGCUUUUAGCAGAGAUAUGAAUAUCACCGUCGUGCGUGAUUGUUGUUUCGACAUAAAUGAAUCGGUACAAAAAAUGCUGAUGGAAGAAUUCUUUGUUAAACAAAAUGUUAUGGUGGUUUGUCUAGACGAGAUCUUAAAAGGUUUAAAUUGA